AAUGUUAUACUGACUUCUUCAGAGAAGACUUUGAUGUGAAAGCUUACACUUCCCAGUCUAUCCAUCAGGCUGUGAUAGCUGAGCAACUAGCAAAACUUGCCCAAGGUAUUAGUCAGUUGGAUAAAGAGCUUCAUGUACAAGUUGUUGCAAGACAUGAAGACCUGUUGGCCCAAGCAACUGGAAUUGAAUCACUGGAAGGUGUCCUCCAAAUGAUGCAGACUAGAAUUGGUGCUUUACAAAGUACUGUUGAUAGAAUUAGAGUUAAAAUUGUUGACCCCUACAACAAGAUAGUGUCUCGCACAGCUCAGCUAGCAAAACUUCAAGCUGCUUGUGACUUGCUGCGGAGGAUAAUACGCAUCUUGUAUCUCAGUAAGAGACUUCAAGGACAAUUGCAAGGAGGAAGCAGAGAGAUAACAAAAGCUGCCCAGAGUCUCAAUGAACUUGAUGAAAUGGUAGAUAAAUCUCCUCAAAGACCUUCAGCUCACCCAUCUGACACAGUUACUUCUCUUCUGGUUACUCACUAUGUGACUGACGUUCAAGUUAACUUCACACAGCUCAUCAUGUUACUGGAGUGCUGCUAA